AAUCGAUAACGCAAUCGACAUACAAUCGAAUUUCACAGCCGGGGAGAUUUUUGCUAGAAAUUAAAGUAGAAUUUAAUCAAAUAAAAUGAAUCGAGUGAAGACCACACAGUCCAAGACUGGCGAAAUCAUCGCCUACAGCGAGAGUGCCAUCCGGAACAACAUAUCCGCCGUGGAGUACUGCCGCACAUCGAUGGCCGCCAUCUCGGGCUGCGCUGCGGGUAUUCUGGGCCUGAGUGGUACGCUGGGAUUCCUCUUCUACUUCCUGUCUGUGUUUGUGCUCUGGAUUCUGGUGCUUGUGAAAUCGGGCACCCAGUGGCGCAAGUUCUUCAUUAACCGCAGAAAUCUGCUGACCAAUCAGUUCAUGGGCGGCCUUUGCACCUAUGUGCUCUUCUGGACAUUCCUCUAUGGCAUGGUGCACGUGUAUUAGCGCAUUUACAAAUCAAACACAUUAAUAGCGAAAUAAACAUAGGAUCUUUGGUUUAACACAA